GCACUUUCCUGUAAUAAGCUUCCUCCAACCACACUUUCCAAGUCCUUAACAAUAUUCAUUUGCUAACAAAUUAACUUCAUUCAAACUAAGAAAAAUAUGUCUUCUUCUUCUUCUUGUUCUUCUUCUUUGACGGUUAUAUUCGUCGUGUUUUACCUUCUUGUGGUUAGCUCGAAUGCCCAACUAACCACGAACUUCUACUCUAGCUCUUGCCCCAAUCUCCACUCCACGGUGAAAUCUGUCGUGCAAUCUGCUAUUAAUAGAGAGAAUAGGAUGGGAGCUUCUCUCCUUCGUUUGUUCUUCCAUGAUUGUUUUGUUAGUGGAUGUGAUGGAUCACUGUUACUAGACGAUACUUCUACUUUCACCGGUGAAAAGAUGGCUAGGCCCAAUAACGGCUCAGUUAGAGGAUUUGAGGUGAUCGACCAGAUAAAGUCAGCGGUUGAGAAUGCUUGUCCAGGCAUUGUCUCAUGUGCCGACAUCUUGGCAAUUGCAGCUAGAGAUUCUGUUGUCAUUCUUGGAGGACCAAGUUGGAAUGUAAAGCUGGGUAGAAGAGAUGCUAGGACAGCCAGCCAAUCCGCUGCAAACAACAACAUCCCACAACCAACGUUUAGCCUCAGUCAAUUGUUGUCAAGCUUUGAAGAUCAAGGCCUUUCUAUCACUGAUUUGGUGGCUUUAUCUGGUGCCCAUACAAUUGGACAAGCAAGGUGCACAAGUUUCAGGAAUCGCAUAUACAAUGAAAUUGGCUAUAACAUUGACGCGUCCUUUGCAAAAACAAGGCAAGCAAAUUGUCCAAGAUCGAGUAACUCAGGGGAUAACAACUUAGCACCCUUGGACCUCCAAACCCCGACUUACUUUGACAACGAUUACUACAAGAACAUCAUCAGCCAAAAGGGUCUUCUACAUUCUGACCAAGAAUUAUCCAUGAAGGCCCUCACUGAAGGUUACGCCAACAAUCUCGAUACAUUUUUCUCCGAUUUUGCCACCGCCAUGAACAACAUGGGAGAUAUUAAACCGCUCACUGGAUCCAACGGCGAGAUCAGAAAGAAUUGCAGGAUGAUUAACUAGUUUCUUUAAGGAUUUGUAUGAAAUUAAUCCCUAAUUUAUACAAGAAGUUAGAACACCAUAAUUGCAAAAUAAUGGAAUUAUGUGUGAUUCUUCCUAUUUUCCCCUUUUAAUCUCCAUGUAUGGACUCGUGUAAGUCAUAUGGUGUUGAAGUAUAGCCUUCCUAAAUAAUACAUGUGAGUGUCCCACAUUUGUAAAAGAUGAGAGCUAAUCCCUUAAUAAGAGGCUACUCCCUUAUAUAUAUUGCUAUAUACGGAGUAUUUUUAGGGUGGAACCUCCCUCAUUUGAACUUGUAACUAUCUUGAAUUACUGGC